AUGAACACCAAGUAUUUGAUUGUUGCCGUGUUGUUGGCUCUUGUUGCAAGCGCUUGCCUUGUGGUCGCUCAAGCGGCAGACACUACUGCACCAACCGCACCAACCACACCAACCACAGUCCAAACUGAGAAACCAAGAAGAGCACAAAGACAUGCCACUUCAUCCGUUCGUAGAGUUCGUGGAGCAGCCUCCCAAUCGGCAACUAAGGUUAAGGCUCAAAGAAAGACUUCUGCCCGUAAAACACCUAUCAAGAGAACUACCACAAAGAAGGUAUCAGCAAGAAAGGUAACCACGACAGCAAAGAAAGUACCAGCUAAGAGAAUCACCAAGAGAACACCAACAAAGAGAACCACCAAGAAGAAAUCCGCUGUAAAGAAGGCUCAAAGAAAGGGAACCAAGAAAGUACAACGAAAGGGUAAAAGAAAUGCUGGCAGCAAGCGUACUCGUCGUGCGAGAUCAACAAAAAGAAGCAAACGAGCACGUAAAUGUGUUUGCGGACGAGCCACCAGAAGAGCAAAGAAGACUGCUGCUAAAAGAACAACAAAGUCCACUCCAAGAAAGAGGGCACCAAAAAAGACCGUCAGGAAAUCAGCUGCUUCUAGAAAAACAACAAAACCUGCAGGAGAAACCCAACCAGUGGAACCUGUAGCAUAA